CACCACCACACUUGCAGACUCGAACACAUGCAGAUGGCAAUGUAACUAAGGGACAGGAUCUCUCUUUAAGCAUAUGCCACAACUUUGUCGUUCUUUUAUAAACCCCGCCUCAACCCCUACCCAACUACCAGUCUAGCGGUUCACACCCUUGUGGUGGUUAAGGUGCAUAAGAGCUGCGCUCUCUCCUGGAUUUUGAAGCCUGUCCCUUCACCCACGAUCAACCAUGAGCGAUUCCCAGGGCCCGACGGUCGUUACCGUCUCGGUAGUGUUCGCUGUGUUGACGGCCAUUGUUAUGUCUAUGCGUCUCUAUGCUCGUGUCUUCAUUGUACAAAAGUUGGGACUUGAUGAUGUUUUGAUAAGCGUAGCAGCACUUCUGUCAAUUGCUUUCAUAGUAGCAACUAUAAUGGCCGUGGAACAUGGAUUGGGCGACCACGUACAAGACGUUUACCCUAAGCGUGGUAUGCAAAACUACGUCAGCUAUCUUCAGAUCGUAUGGCUUUCUUCCGUUUUCUACAACGCGUGUCUUGGCUUUAUCAAAACUUCCGUGCUCGCUCUUUACAUGCGUCUCGGAGACCGCGCGCUCAAGAGACUUGCCCAAGUCAUGAUCGGUGUGGUUGCCGCCCAAGCCGGAGCAAACGUCCUUGUCUGUAUUUUCCAGUGCUCUCCGGUCUCGGGCGCCUACGACCUCAAGAUUGCCGCUACGGCCAAAUGCGUCAACAUCAACGCUUUCUACCUGGCCAAUGCCGCCGUCAACAUCUUCACUGAUCUAUUGACGUAUACCCUUCCGAUCAAGCUGGUCAUGCGCUUGCAGGUGCCGCGGCAGCAGAAGAUCGGUCUUGGUGUCAUGCUGUGCCUUGGAUUAUUUGCGUGCAUUUCCAGCAUUAUCAGAAUCACGUUUGUGCCUGCAAUGCUCACAUCCGCCGACGCAACCUACGCCAUCUCGGGCGCGAUGUACUGGUCCGUGAUUGAGACGAACGUGGGGAUUCUCGCAGCCUCGAUUCCCUCCUUCAAAGUCAUCGCCAAGCGCUACGCGCCGCGCCUGCUCGGCAGCUACUACGAGUCGAACCACUACCCGUCGGGCAACAAGUCGCGCAGCGGGUUCUCGUCGAAAGCGUUCCACAAGAUGGGCUCGUCGCAGCAUGGCGGCACGAUGAAGAGCAACGCCAGCGUCGCGCUGCGCAGCAUGAACCGCGACGAAGGCGGCGGCGGCGGCACCGGCAACACUGGCUUCAAGAACAAGACGGCCGUCCAGACGCACAUCGAGCAGGACGUGGCGAGCAACAGUUCUGAAGAGGCGCUAACGCUGCCGGACGGCCGCAUCGGUGUCCGCACCCAUAUCACGACGCAGUACGAUACCGCGGCGCGCUCGCAGAGCGGCCACAGCGACGCGGGCAGCUUGUACGAGACGGUCGAGGGAAAACCCCCCGUCCAGAGCGACGGCAGGUUAUAGUAAUUUCACUGCGCGGGUGGGGUUGGGCUAGGGGUCUGCUGGGAUACUGCUUUGGGUUGACUGGGGUUUCGGGCUGCAAGAGAUACCAUUACUUUACUUUGCGGGGGAUUGAUCGGAAAAGGAAAGGGAAAGGGAAAGGGAAAGGGAAAGGGAAAGGGAAAGGGAGGGAGGGAUUCUGAUCGCCCGUGUACUUCUACUACUAGUUAUUGCUUUCCUUUGUUGGGCUGAAAAAAAAAAAAAAAAAAAAAAGA